AAUGUCCAUCAUUCCACCCCAGAAGCCAACCACUCCUGGCCUGGAGUUCGCCAACAGGAGAUACGUCGAUCUUGCCGCACAAUUCGACCAUGAGUGCGCCCAGGCGCUGGACAUCAUCAAGGCCAAGCUUCAGGUCUUUGCGGAACUGGAGUCCCUAAUCUCAAUAACCUUGAGCGACGGCACUCACAGCAAGCCGCCGGUUUACAUCGACGCCCGCGCCGACACAGUCAGUCUCUUGGACGGCACGGACGCAGUUCCCGAAGCUCAGACGACGCUGAAGCCAGGCUAUGUGAUCCGUUUCCACGAGGGAGCCCUCGAUCCGCGCCUGGGGCUUUUUAUGGACGCACGCACAAACCCGGCAACCGUUCCAACCGGCAACGUGCCCAGGAUCAUCCGCUGGGCCGACUUGCUCAACAAGACGCCGGUGCAGCUGCUCAAGGGUGCCCAACAUAUCGACCACGACCGACUGCCGCGGCCCACGGAGGAUUUGCAGCAGGUGAAGCGGGAUAUCGAGGAGUUUGGCUAUGGGCUGAUCGAGAACGCCCUGCUGCCUGCCGAGGUGGCCAUCAUCAGCGAUGCGUUGAACUCUCAAGCCGCCGGAGAGCGAGCUGCUGGCGUUGCCACCUUUGAUGGCGGUCCGAAUGGGCCUAACCAGCGCGUUUGCGACCUCCUGAACCACCCCCUGAUCGAUGCUAUCGUCCCCUGGUUUCUGGGCGAGCACGCGCACAUAUCCACCUACACGGCCAACAUCGUGCGGCCUGGCAACGUGCCCAUGAUAGUGCACACGGACCAGGCGGCCAAAACGCCUCCUCAGCGGCAUUUGGCGCUGGGACUCAACAUUUCGUUUUAUUUGGUUGAUACUGAGGAUAUCAAUGGUGCCACGCGGAUGUGGCCUGGAAGUCACGUUGGGCAUGUUGCAUCGUGUGACAUUUGGAAUCUUAAUGGCUCAAUCCCAGCCGCCGCCCCAGCGGGCACAGCCGUCGUGUUUGAUAACCGGCUCUGGCACACAACGGGCCCAAACCGCGCAGAUCCAGCCGCAGCCAACGCUGAGCGGCCUGUCAUUCUGCUGCAUUUUGUUCGCUCCUACGUUCGAGCGGGCGAGAAUCACUACCUCAGCAUGCGCAAAGAAGUCCACGACAAGCUCCCGGAGCGGCAAAGGGCGUUUUUCGGCUUCAGAAAGAUCCCUGGGGCUGGAAGUGUUGAUGGCGGAACAAAGGUUGAGUUUGUCAGAAGAAUUGAGGAUGCAGUAGGGAGGUUGAGGGUUUAA